AUGACAAAGACCUCUAUCUACUACCCCAAUAGAGCGCUCAAGAGCUAUCUGCAAGCCGUGCAGCAGCCACAGGAAGAUCAGGAAGAUGGUUCUUGUACCAAAGAUCUUCUUGAUUUCUUCACUUGUCCCAUCACCCAAGAGCUUCUACGGGAUCCCGUCAUUGACCACGAAGGAAACACGUACGAACGCAGUGCCAUCGUUGAGUGGAUCCAUGAGCACGGUGUGUCUCCCAUCACUCGGAAUCCAAUGGCAGUGCAACAACUUCAUGACAACACCACACUUUUUGAAGUUCUCAUUCAAGAAACUUUGCUACUCCAACAAGAAGGCAAAGUAGGAAAUGAAGAGCUUCGUGACUUCUUGGAGGGUGCCCUGUCGACACGUCGUACUGCCAAUGUUGAAGGCUCGAAGAAAGCACCCACUACAAAGGUUGGCCUACGCUUGGAAGAUGGAGAUGGUAGAGCACUGAUGAUCAACAACAUUCGAGAAGAAAGUAACGAAUACAUUUCAGCCUUGUUGACAAAGGUUAGAGCAAUGAUGAUCAAGAGCAUUCGAGAAGAAAGUAAGGAAUACAUUACAGCCUUGUUGACAAAGGUUCCAGGUAUGCAGUUGGGUAUGACUUUGUCUGAGGUUGAGGACAAGCUGGUUGUCACUAUGAUCAAAGAAGGAGGCUUGGCUGCUGCCUCAGCUCUGGGCGUAGGAAUGGUGCUUUACAGUAUCAACGGCGAGCCUGUUGCUGGCAAGUCCUCAAUGGAAGCAGCUGGAAUGCUGACGAAGGCACAAGGUACUUUGACGGUUGUGGCCAUUGCAGACAAAGCCCCGGAAGGUGAAUCCAACCAGUACAGCAACGCUGCUGUAGCAGCGGGUUGCCGGCCGCUGCCGCGGCGGCUGCUGGUGAUAAAUUCAAUGAAUUGGGGGCUUUCUUGUCCGCGCGAGGUAGUGGCACUGCUCGCAUUGAGAGCAUACAACAUAAUGUUGGCGGUGGCUUUGCAUGUUCCGCCUGCCAGCAUGCGCAUUACAGCUCAGAGAUCGCAGAAGAAAUGCUGUCGCAAGUGCCAUACCACAACGGCAGGGCACCCCAACACCCGUCCAACGAUUUGAUUCCAGAGCGACCGGUUGCAAUGAGCCAUCAGGAACUCUUACGUGAUUGCUGCAUGAAAGAUCCCCUGCGAUUGUGCAUUUCGCUCUCAGUUUUUGUUGGGGUGUUUGUAGUCUUGUGGAUCCUCGGGUCGUGAUUGUUUGGUUUCGUCAUGGGUUGUAUGCAUGGUAUGCAUACGGUAGCCUUGCCGUUCCUGGACAAAGUUGGUUGACUGCACAAAGGCAAACGCCUCUUCUGAGGAUUGGUUGACCCUUUGGCAAAACGCAACCCCGACACUUUCACUUUACUUUAUACUUAGCACUGUCUUGGGGUCAGGUAAGCAGUAAGCAGAGAAAGUCCAAUCCAAGGAAUCAGCCAAAAAAAGCCCCAAGUCAGUGUAUGCAUACAUCUGUACCUCCCAAAGCUAGUAAUGCUCCUCCGCAUAUUAAUUAAGCUGCUUCUGUCACUUUGGUCCCCGUGUUGGUCCUCAAUUUGGUUGUCCCUGAUCCCACGGCCUAAGCCUGGCCUUUCGCGGGUUUCCGUAGAGUGUUUGUAUAGCUGUCGUUUUCUUCCAAAGGUAUCGAGGAUCCUCUCUAUGGAAAACUGCUAACUAAUAAUUCACCAAUCCAGGACUACAUACUGGGGUCUAAACACUGGACCGAGCAUGCAGCCAGACUGUGUGUGCUCAAAUGAAUUUGCUCGCAAUGAAAAAGAGCCAACGUUGAGUGGCACUUCCAACAAAGAGCAUUGUGCUCUCUUGGGCUUUUCACCCCCGGGGCAGGUCCAUUAUACUGUAUGUACCGUACGGUACUACUGGAGCAAGACUGAUGAGGUCAAUCGACGGUACGGUACGUUGUGCAAAGCACUGGGAGCAGCAACGAUAUUUUGGAGGCUGACUGCAGUAGUAGCGGAGAAGAUGCUGAAAACGCCGUCACUGGAAACAGCAACGAUGAGUUGGAUCAUGAGGCUGACUGCAGUAGUAGCGG